UUUACAUCGUGUCUUAUAGUGUUUAAAGUGUAAAGUAUCCAUAAUAAUUUCUGAAAUGAGAUUUAAAAUAUCUCAACAAGGGUCCAAUCGACAUAAGAAAACCGUCACUUGCGUCGCCUGGAUUGCAUCUGACGAAAUUUUUUCCUGUGGCGACGAUCACUUCUUAAUGUCUUGGAAAUUCGAGGGUGGAACGAUAAACUCCAAAAUUGUGACAGAAUUUCCAGAGGAUUUUUAUCCUACGGAUAUGCAAUGGCAUCCUCGACCUGCUCAAACAAAUUUAGGUGCAGUAAAAAAACAAGCAAUUGAUGUCCUAUUGAUAACAACAACGGAUGGUAAAUUUCAUUUGGUCAGUAAAAAUGGAAGAAUAGAGAAAUCUAUUUCUGCCCAUAAUGGUGCAACAAUUUCUGGAAAGUGGAGUUACGACGGUUCAGCUUUAUUUACAGCUGGUGAAGAUGGUAUAAUAAAAGUUUGGUCUCGAAGUGGUAUGCUGCGAUCUACUGUUAUACGAUGCAAUCAGCCCAUACUUGCCGCGGCAUGGAGUUCCGAUAAUUCUUCGAUUUUGUACUCCCAAGGACCUUAUUUGCUUAUACAAUCCUUGACAAUUAGUUCCAAACCGCAAAAAUGGCAAGCACACGAAGGUUUAAUACUCGUUAUAUCUUGGAAUCAGUUUCACGGUCUCAUUAUUUCUGGAGGAGAAGAUUGCCGUCAUAAGAUUUGGGAUACCAACGGCAACCUAUUGUAUGCGAGCGUCGUCGGUGAUUAUCCCAUAACAGCUGUAAAUUGGUGCUUGUCCGGUAACUAUGUGACCGUCGGUUCCUUUAACACCCUCAAGCUCUGUGAUAAGACUGGGUGGUCACAUUCACUUGACAAAAUUCAAGUUGGCAGUAUUUACAGCAUUGCCUGGUCGAGCGACAGCACUCAAGUAGCACUAGCAUGUAGCGACGGCAGCGUUCUCGUCGCUCACAUUAUCGAGAAAAAACUGGAGUAUAAUGGAUUUGAAGCAAAUCUUGUUAAACGUAAGACGAUUCAAGUAACUCAGGUAGGCAGUGACGUCAAUGAAAUCUUAGACAUAGCAGAUCGAGUGGUACAAUUAGAAUUUGGUUUUGACCAUUUAGUCGUAAUAACUCCGAGUCAAUGUCAUAUAUAUUCCGUCAAGAAUUGGAAUACACCCGCCAUAUUCGAUUUGAAAAAUGGCUCUGUUACAGCUGUUUUACUUACAGAUAAGCAUUUUUUAUUAGUCGAGGGAAGCCUUUUAUCGCUGCAUAGUUAUCAGGGUCGAUUUUUAGGUGCCCCAAAGUGGAAAGGAAUGGUUCAAGAACCUCUUUAUCCGCCUUGUAUUUCAAUCUCUGUCGAUACACUUGUUGUUCGUAAUCAAAGCAAUCAUAAAGUUUUGCAUGUUUUAGAGAUAUCUCAAAAAAAACCUAUCGCUGAAGGACAACCAUACACGCACAUUCAAAAUAUUUCCUCUUUAGCUCUGAAUUACGUUGGUGGAGUUAACGAUCGACAACUUGCGUUGAUCGAUGAAAAUAAAAAUUUAUUUUUAAUUUCUAUAAGAACUAGCGGAUUUGGACGUUUAUGUAAAAUAGCUGCAAUGGCACUGAAUAUCGCUUGGGCUAUCGAUGCUAAUGUCUUGGCUGCGAUGCUAGAUGCGACCUUGUCAGUGUGGCUUUGUCCAAAUUGUGUUCAUUAUAGCGAUCGUAAAAUUAUACGAAAGACUCGUGUGGAUAAAGAUAGCAGUGAAUUUGGUAAAUAUCCAACCAUCGUAAACGUUCAGAAUGGUCUAGUAACUGUAAGACGCGGUGAUGGAGCUUUAAUUAUUUCAUCUUUUUAUACAUUCUUUACUAGUCUACAUCAGCAUAUUUUAAAUGGACGCUGGGAAGAAGCAGUUUCUUUAUGCCGAAUAGUUCAGAAUGAAACCUUAUGGACUUGUAUAGCAGUGAUGGCUAUUGACGGCAAACAAUUAAAUAUAGCAGAAGAGGCUUGUGCAGCUAUUGGUAGAUACGAUAAAGUUGAUUAUAUCUGUUACAUAAAGAAACUACCUAAUGAACUGGAGAGAUUGUCACAAACGGCUCUUCUAGCCGGUGAUUUACAGGCAGCGGAAGGUAUUCUCUUGCAAAAUGGACUCACGGUUGAAGCAAUCAAAAUCAAUAUUGAAAUGUACAACUGGAAUAGAGCUUUAGAACUUGCAAUAAAACACAAAAAGCUAGUACGAGAAGUAUUGGACUCGCGUCGUCGGUAUCUUGAAAUUCUUGAUAAAAAAGAAGUUAAUCAAACCUUUCUCACUGUUCAAACAAACAUAAUAAAAAGUCAAGCAGCAAAAAGGGAUCUCCGAGAAAAUAUGAAGGAACAGGAAAGAGAAAAGGAAGAACUUAUGCAUCAUGAAAUGGAUAAUAGUAUUGAAGCUCAAAACAUAACUACAUGCGAAGAAUAAUAUACUUCAUUUUUCAAUGCUAUUCACAAUGAAAAGAGAAGGAUCCCUGAUAGAUGUUUUAAACAAUAACCACGUUACUAAUUAAUAAUUAAUGACUCGUCACUUUAUUAAUCAGAAGCCUCAAACUGACUAAUAC